CCGUUUGGCUCUCGCUGUUCAGAACAGAUUUAUCGUUUGUUUCUUUCUCUAAUGCCUGGAUGCCGUCGGAGAGAGCGAGAGCGCCAACCUAUCCGGUACAAUAAUAAUAAAAUUCAACAGUCACGUACGGUUAACUACCAGGCAGCUAGCAUGUACGACUAAAAGCGACGAGGGUACCAGUUUAUUUUCAGCAGUGGUCGAAGUUUGGUGUGUAUGGUGAAUUUUACUAGCGAGCGCCAUUUUUACUUGUAGCUAAAUUCCAAGGCAUACUUUGUUUCACCCUCCAAGGAGGAAAAAAAUGACUCACAAUGCUAGUCAGCACCAACCGGCGGAUAGCUUCAAACAGGAUCUGGACGAUUUCGAACGGUUCGCUCUGGAUAAUCUGGUUGUGAACGAAUGGGGUCUUAAGGCGGCCACUUUGAAUCGGUUAAUGUACUGCGGAGUUUCGGUGGAAUGUCUGGAGGUGAUUGAAGAGCGGGAUUUGAACGAUAUCUUCAGCGAUGAGCGAACCAUUGGACAGAAGAUUUUGCUUAGACACCGGCUGCGCGAGUGGCGACGAGGACUGCACUGGAAUUCACCGGAACACCCACCCGUCAAACGUCGUCAGGAGCGAAAUUCACUCGAUCCGCUGGAUCUGGACAAAAAACCUCGCAUUUCGACGAGCACCGGCAAUCUGCACCGGCUUCCGACCCCAAAUGGUAUCGUCGUUCCGGACACUCGUAAUCCAACCUCCACGAUCGCGUCUUCCUCAACCUCUUCCUCGUCUAUGCACAAUGUUACGGACGCCGGAAACCUGCCGAUUCGGAUAACUCCCGAGGCACUACAAAGUUUUCUGCAAACGAGCUGUUCCGGUCGUUGGGUAUUGAACUGCUUCUCCGAGGGCCAACAGUUGGACAAGAAAGCUCUCACCGAGUUGACUCACGUGGUCGUCGAACCGUUCCUUAUGUACAAUAUAGCAUUCACGCAUGCACUAAUGCGACACUAUGCCGAGGUGAUUGUGCAGCUGUUUCCUACGGAGCGAAUGGAGACGUUCUACUGUCCGCGAAACAUCAUCCGGAAGAAUCCCACGGGGAAACUGUACGAUCGUUACGUCAAUCAGAGAUUACGAUAUAAAACAAAAUUCAACGCUCAGCGGCCAACCAUGGUGGACGAGUUCAACCAGCACCGGACAUUUGCCGAAAUGAGCACCAUCGGAGAUCCGUUGAUGCAACAGCAAUAUUUGGAAUUCGGAAUGGACAACUCCCUGCCAAGAGGGGACUAUCCAAGUACGCCACCGCAGGUGGAAAGUUUCAGUGAAGAAUCUAUGAAUGUCUACGGGACGGAGGAUGUAUCGACUCUGUAAGGUGUUCGACCUUAGCACAAUAACCAUAAAAAACAGUAUUAAGAAAUAAUGGUUUAGUAAUCCUCGUUUUAAAUAUUCUUCUAUUUCUUUGAAAUAAAUUAUUUUGCGAUUUUAGAAAUAAUAAAAAUCAAUUGUUUAAAACA